AUGCAUGACACCUCUCAUAGAGAGGAGAUGAUGGAUGAGAGUGCUGAGUGUGCUAGCAACGCAGCUGAGCGUGCUAGCAACGCAGCUGAGCGUGCUAGCAACGCAGCUGAGCGUGCUAGCAACGCAGCUGAGCGUGCUAGCAACGCAGCUGAGCGUGCUAGCAACGCAGCAGAGCGUGCUAGCAACGCAGCAGAGCGUGCUAGCAACGCAGCUGAGCGUGCUAGCAACGCAGCUGAGCGUGCUAGCAACGCAGCUGAGCGUGCUAGCAACGCAGCAGAGCGUGCUAGCAACGCAGCAGAGCGUGCUAGCAACGCAGCAGAGCGUGCUAGCAACGCAGCAGAGCGUGCUAGCAACGCAGCAGAGCGUGCUAGCAACGCAGCUGAGCGUGCUAGCAACGCAGCUGAGCGUGCUAGCAACGCAGCAGAGCGUGCUAGCAACGCAGCUGAGCGUGCUAGCAACGCAGCUGAGCGUGCUAGCAACGCAGCAGAGCGUGCUAGCAACGCAGCUGAGCGUGCUAGCAACGCAGCAGAGCGUGCUAGCAACGCAGCAGAGCGUGCUAGCAACGCAGCAGAGCGUGCUAGCAACGCAGCAGAGCGUGCUAGCAACGCAGCUGAGCGUGCUAGCAACGCAGCAGAGCGUGCUAGCAACGCAGCAGAGCGUGCUAGCAACGCAGCUGAGCGUGCUAGCAACGCAGCAGAGCGUGCUAGCAACGCAGCUGAGCGUGCUAGCAACGCAGCUGAGCGUGCUAGCAACGCAGCAGAGCGUGCUAGCAACGCAGCUGAGCGUGCUAGCAACGCAGCAGAGCGUGCUAGCAACGCAGCAGAGCGUGCUAGCAACGCAGCAGAGCGUGCUAGCAACGCAGCUGAGCGUGCUAGCAACGCAGCAGAGCGUGCUAGCAACGCAGCAGAGCGUGCUAGCAACGCAGCUGAGCGUGCUAGCAACGCAGCUGAGCGUGCUAGCAACGCAGCUGAGCGUGCUAGCAACGCAGCAGAGCGUGCUAGCAACGCAGCAGAGCGUGCUAGCAACGCAGCUGAGCGUGCUAGCAACGCAGCUGAGCGUGCUAGCAACGCAGCUGAGCGUGCUAGCAACGCAGCAGAGCGUGCUAGCAACGCAGCUGAGCGUGCUAGAAAUGCAGCUGAGCGUGCUAGCAACGCAGCUGAGCGUGCUAGCAACGCAGCUGAGCGUGCUAGCAACGCAGCUGAGCGUGCUAGCAACGCAGCUGAGCGUGCUAGCAACGCAGCAGAGCGUGCUAGCAACGCAGCAGAGCGUGCUAGCAACGAGGCUGAGCGUGCUAGCAACGCAGCAGAGCGUGCUAGCAACGCAGCAGAGCGUGCUAGCAACGCAGCUGAGAGUGCUAGCAACGAGGCUGAGCGUGCUAGCAACGCAGCAGAGCGUGCUAGCAACGCAGCAGAGCGUGCUAGCAACGCAGCAGAGCGUGCUAGCAACGCAGCAGAGCGUGCUAGCAACGCAGCUGAGCGUGCUAGCAACGAGGCAGAGCGUGCUAGCAACGAGGCAGAGCGUGCUAGCAACGCAGCAGAGCGUGCUAGCAACGCAGCAGAGCGUGCUAGCAACGCAGCAGAGCGUGCUAGCAACGCAGCUGAGCGUGCUAGCAACGCAGCUGAGCGUGCUAGCAACGCAGCUGAGCGUGCUAGCAACGAGGCAGAGCGUGCUAGCAACGCAGCAGAGCGUGCUAGCAACGCAGCAGAGCGUGCUAGCAACGCAGCAGAGCGUGCUAGCAACGCAGCAGAGCGUGCUAGCAACGCAGCUGAGCGUGCUAGCAACGCAGCUGAGCGUGCUAGCAACGCAGCUGAGCGUGCUAGCAACGCAGCAGAGCGUGCUAGCAACGCAGCUGAGCGUGCUAGCAACGCAGCUGAGCGUGCUAGCAACGCAGCAGAGCGUGCUAGCAACGCAGCAGAGCGUGCUAGCAACGCAGCUGAGCGUGCUAGAAAUGCAGCUGAGCGUGCUAGCAACGCAGCUGAGCGUGCUAGCAACGAGGCAGAGCGUGCUAGCAACGAGGCAGAGCGUGCUAGCAACGCAGCAGAGCGUGCUAGCAACGCAGCAGAGCGUGCUAGCAACGCAGCAGAGCGUGCUAGCAACGCAGCUGAGCGUGCUAGCAACGCAGCUGAGCGUGCUAGCAACGCAGCUGAGCGUGCUAGCAACGAGGCAGAGCGUGCUAGCAACGCAGCAGAGCGUGCUAGCAACGCAGCAGAGCGUGCUAGCAACGCAGCAGAGCGUGCUAGCAACGCAGCUGAGCGUGCUAGCAACGCAGCUGAGCGUGCUAGCAACGCAGCUGAGCGUGCUAGCAACGCAGCAGAGCGUGCUAGCAACGCAGCUGAGCGUGCUAGCAACGCAGCAGAGCGUGCUAGCAACGCAGCAGAGCGUGCUAGCAACGCAGCUGAGCAGCGUGCUAGCAACGCAGCUGAGCGUGCUAGCAACGCAGCAGAGCGUGCUAGCAACGCAGCUGAGCGUGCUAGCAACGCAGCUGAGCGUGCUAGCAACGCAGCAGAGCGUGCUAGCAACGCAGCAGAGCGUGCUAGCAACGCAGCAGAGCGUGCUAGCAACGCAGCAGAGCGUGCUAGCAACGCAGCUGAGCGUGCUAGCAACGCAGCAGAGCGUGCUAGCAACGCAGCUGAGCGUGCUAGCAACGCAGCAGAGCGUGCUAGCAACGCAGCAGAGCGUGCUAGCAACGCAGCAGAGCGUGCUAGCAACGCAGCAGAGCGUGCUAGCAACGCAGCAGAGCGUGCUAGCAACGCAGCAGAGCGUGCUAGCAACGCAGCUGGAAUAAUCAGAGGAGGAAUCGCGUCAAUUAACGAAGUCUCCGUGCUGCGGCGCAUAGCUCGUGGAACUAUACAAUCCCAAUUCGCCUGGAGGGAGGCCAUGGCGACGAGCCCGACUCGCACAGAAACGUCAAACGAAGGCGACUUAGAUAAGCGCGGCGGAAAGGAUGGCAGUCGAGGAGGUGGCGCAAGCAGCUCGGAGCAGGACCUUACCAAGGGCUCCGACCCCAAGUCUCUAAGGCGUCUGGUGCAGAACAGAGAGGCCGCACGGAAAAGCCGACUGCGCAAAAAGGCGUACGUCCAACAGCUGGAAACAAGUCGCAACAGAAUGCAGCAGCUGGAGCAGGAACUCGCACGCCUGCGCAACCAGGUGGCGGUGCAGGGCAGCAGUGCGGACCAGUCGCUGACGCUCUCAGCGGCGGGGCAAGGGGGGGCUGGAGCAGUGGCGGUCAACCCUAAUGUCAACCCAGGCGCGGCGGCGUUUGACAUGGAGUAUGCGCGGUGGGUGGAGGAGCAGCACCGCAUGAUGUGCGAGCUCAGAUCCGCGCUGCAGUCCCGCCUCGGCGACCAGGAGCUGCGCGUGCUUGUGGAGGCCAUAAUGGCGCACUACGAUGAGCUGUUCCGGGUGAAGGCGGUGGCAGCCAAGGCGGACGUGUUCCAUCUCAUCAGCGGCAUGUGGAAGACGCCUGCCGAGCGCUGCUUCCUCUGGAUGGGCGGCUUCAGACCCUCCGAGCUCCUCAAGGUGCUGAUCCCGCAGAUAGAACCUCUGACGGAGCAGCAGCUGAUGGGCAUAUGCAACCUGCAGCAGUCGUCGCAGCAGGCGGAGGACGCGCUCUCGCAGGGCAUGGAGGCGCUGCAGCAGUCCCUCGCUGACACGCUCAGUGCGGGGUCUCUGGGCGCAGCUAGUAACGUGGCGAACUACAUGGGACAGAUGGCCAUGGCCAUGGGGAAACUCAGCACUCUCGAGUCGUUUGUCAAGCAGGCGGACAGCUUGCGGCAGCAGACGCUGCAGCAGAUGCACAGGAUACUGACCACACGGCAGGCAGCCAGGGGUCUCCUCGCUAUGGGAGACUACUUUGCCCGCCUGCGCGCCCUCAGCUCGCUUUGGGCCGCCCGUCCCCGCGACCAGUGA